AUGUCACAGCCACCAACAGCUCCUAAGGUCUCAACAGAAACCCCCUCGCCGGCCUCUGUCGAAGCACCCAAACCUGCUUCGCAAUCUCAGCAUCAAACUGCAGCACCAUCUCUACUCAAAAUUUCUCAGGCCCUCCUCACACCGUCCCAAAUUCAGAAACUGCUGGAUCAUAGUGGGAUUGCUCCUGCCACAUUCCAGGAAAGCAAGAUCCAUGUAUUUGAGCUCAUUAUGCGUGCAUCCAUCAACUUCAAAUUUCCGGCACGAACAAUAUGUACAACCAUGAUGAUUUUCCAACAAUACUACCUACUUAACAACACUAAUACAUACUCGCUCCUAGACAUUGUGAGCGCAUGUUUGCUAGUAGCCUCGAAGAUUGAAGACACACCAAAACGCAGCAAGGAGCUGUUUAUGUUUCUAACACAUCUCAAGGGCAUUUCGCUUACACCAGAACAACAAAAGGAUAAGAAGACGCUUAUUAUCAACAUUGAAAGAGAAAUUUUUGAAACAAUUGGAUUUGAUUUCCGCAGAACUUCAGUGCAAUACUAUCUCAUCAAGAUUUCAAAAGACGUUGACAAAGUCCAUAAAGAGGUUGCACGCGUGGCAUGGAUCAUUUCAGUAGACGCACUUUUGUCUAAUGUCUAUCUUAUGAUUCCCAGUCACACGAUUGCAUUUGCAUGUAUCAUUUUAGCGUGCAAGAUUCUCAACGACACUAGCACAUUCCCCAUUGAUUCCGUUGUCUAUUGCUCGACCAGGUAUAAGGUUAAUUUUGCGAUCCGCGAGCUAUGUGAAUUGUAUUUGGGGUUGGAUUGCAAGCUUCUAGAGCUACCGUAUCACCCAGAGUAUAGUUACUUUGUAAAACGCAUUAGUACGGCCAAAAACACGGUAAUGAAAGAAAUGGCGACGUAUCGAAAUAGGAAAACACAUGCUGUGUUCGAGUCCAAUCGAAGCGUUCAGUUACGCUCAAAUAAAUUUUCACACAUUGGAGCCGUACGGUAUGUUUUGGAGUGGGAGCGUGAUGAAGUAUCUGGGGAGCUUUUGUCACAUAUGGAAAGAGAAUCAAAAGUGGGGGUAUAG